AUGAUUCGGCCAUCUCCUUCCCAGUCUCACCCCUAUUUCCCUCUUGCCUUUCUGGCACUCCUCUGCCUCCCAUAUUCUCCUCUCUUCCACCACCCUUUCUUCCACCACCCUUUCUUCCACCACCCUUUCUUCCACCACCCUUUCUUCCACCACCCUUUCUUCCACCACCGUUUCUUCCACCACCCAACCUUUCAGGCCUACGAUGCGUCCAUCUCCUUCCUCGCCUCUCUCCUGCACGUCAACUCCUCCUGCGCAUCUCUCCCCGCCUCCUCCCGCCCCUCCCUCACCUGGACUCGCCCCACCAACCCCACCCCCUCCUCCCUCGUUCCCCACACCACCUCCACCUCGUCAGACUCCCCUUCCUCUCACACCCCUCACACCCCUCACAGCCCUCACACCCCUCAGCUGUCUAGUCUCCCAGACGCAGAGGCAGCAGCAGUGGGGGCGGCAGUGGGGGCAGCAGUGGCAGCGGCACAGAAUCCCCCCUGGGAGUGUGUGCCUGAGCUGCCAGCUGUUGAUUGGCCGCAGCUGAGGUGGCGCUUUGAUUGGCCCACGUUCACCAUUCAUGCCACGUCAGACAGGAAGCCAUUGGCCGUUAGAGCGUGGACUGGUCGCACGAUUCAAGGCAGCAAGCGGCGGGACUUCCGGUUCAUUGUGAAGCAGGGGCUCACCGGGUGCACGGUGCCAUUCAAGAGUGCGUCGGACAGCUACAUAGGCAAGUUCGGCACGCUCUGUCUGCAGCCCAUCCCGUUCGUCCUGCAUGCCGUCUCGCCGCCCGCGCUACAGCCUGAUGGGCUCUGGUACUUCAAUUCCUCCAUCAGAGACAUUCCCAAG